UGUCGGACCUCAGACACGUUCGGACCAAACAAAGGCGGCGGUGCGCUUUAAAAAAACAGCUACCAAUGCCAAAUGAAGUGCGCAUCUCCCUGACCUCAGAGUUUAAGGAGCUGUAAACUCAAUAUGAAGUUUCGGGGGAAGAUCCUAGACAUCGCCUGUCUCAACCACUUCACCCGAGUCAUCACCACCAUCUCCAAGCUGACCAAGACGUGCGUCCUGCGUCUGACCCCAGACAACCUGUUCUUCGUCCUGUCCGGUAAAGUGGCCAACGGAGGCGUCAGCAUGUGGUGUGAACUGUCCCAGGCCAACUUCUUCGACGAGUACCAGAUGGAGGGCGUGUCCCCCGAGGACAACGAGAUCUGCCUGGAGGUGACCCCGGAGAACCUGUCCCGAGCGCUGAAGACCCUCCAGAACGCCAAGGCCGUCAAGGUCAAACUGACCAAGAAGCACUGUCCCUGCCUCACCAUCGCCGCCGAGCUGCCCACCCUCUCCAGCAUCAAUCGAGUCGUCACCCACGACGUCCCGGUGGACGUCAUCCCCCGCAGACUCUGGAACGAGUUCAAAGAGCCGAGCAUGCCCGACUUCGACGUCAGUAUCUACCUGCCUCCUCUGAAGACACUGAAGAACAUCGUGGACAGAAUGAAGAACCUCUCCAACUUCCUGGUGAUGGAGGCCAACCUGAGCGGAGAGAUGAACCUGAAGAUUGAGACAGAUCUGGUUUCUGUCACCACUCACUUCAAAGACCUGGGAAACCCUCCGUGGGGUGACGAGGCCUCCCAGGACGGCGGUCCGUCUCAGAGCAGGGACCCAGAGGACAUGGCCCAGGCCAGGGUGGACAUCAGGAAGCUGCAGCAGUUCCUCAUGGGUCAGCAGGUCAACCCCAGCAAGGCCAUGUGCAAUAUCGUCCACGAGAGAGUCGUCCACCUGAUUCUGCUGCAUGAAGACGUGUCGCUGCAGUAUUUCAUCCCCGCUGUGGCGUAGACCUUCUGCAGACCCCAGUCAGUUCUGCUCAAAAACUCACAAUGUCUGGGGGUCUGUCCCACAUGGAGGCUGGUUUCAGUCCUCGGACCUAAGGAAGAG